CUUGAACAUCUCUUUUUUCCUCACAGGAUACAAAAGGAACUGAGUACAAGCAGAGCAACCAUCCUAACCAGAGCUCCCCCUAACUUUCCAAUAAUGAGUGCGACAGACGGCAUUCUGCUCGAUGUAUGUUCUCUUGAGAGGCUGAAAUGAGAUGAACUUUGGUCUGAUUUUACCCUCACGUCCAUCCCUGUGCUUAAUCCGCAGCGAGAAACAACAAUGGUGCUACUCAACAUGAAAACAUAUCUGGCCUUACUGUGGGGAAUUUCUAUUUUGUUUACUAUGGAGUCCAUGAGUGUGUCCAUCCCAGAAAUAAACUCAACUCCUGAACCAGACAAGACAACCAAGCAGAUGACCAGUCCACAUGUACCUCAUAUUAAAACUCACAAACCUACAGGAGUUACAAAUGCACCAGCAGAGAUCCCUGUGAUGCCCACUGUAGAAAUGAAAAUCGUCACUGGCGGAAGUGACAGCUCUGGUUUGGUUGCUAUAACCUCUGUAGCAGCAACAACAAACAACUCAGCUCCACAACUUCAAACCUCCAGAGCAGAGGGCACAACUUCAGAGGAAGCACAUCCGUCCCACACCACAAUCUCAGAGGCAGCAAAACCUACAGAGGAUCAGACACAUCAACAAUCACCCACCACCACAGAUAUAAGUGCUCCUGCAACACCUUCUGUAGCAUUGGCAAAGUCUUCGCCGCACCCUACCUCCACCCAUAAGCUUGAAGUAUCAUCCGAGUUGUCUUACACCACCUCUCCUGCUAAUACUGCUCAGGGUCCAGUCUUUACCCAGACCCUCGUCAGUCCCUCAGCUUCUCCUACAACCAUUUCCACAUCCACCACCAUGACUGAGAUUUCUUCUACGUCUCAGCCCGUUUCUGAGACAACACCCAUCUCCACAUCACAUAUUCCUGACACAGCAGGGUUGAGGUCAACUGCUGAGUCCCCCAUCAACUCAUUCUCCACCGAUUUACCCAUCUCCACCACCAAUGUGUCCACCACCACUGUCCUAACCACCAUCUCUCCAACCAAUGUCCCUCCAACUAAUGUCUCCACCACCGAUGUCUCCACCACCAAUGUGUACACCCCCAUGGUCUCCACCACCAAUGUGUACACCCCCAUGGUCUCCACCACCAAUGUCUCUCCAACCAAUGGCUCCCACUCCAGUAUCUCUACCACCGAAGUCUCCCCAACCAAUGUAUCUACCACCAAUGUCUCUCCAUCCAAUAUAUCUACCUCCAAUAUUUCUUCCUCCAAUGUCUCCCCAUCCACCUUCUCUACCACCGAUGUCUCCCCAACCAAUGUAUCCACCACCACCAAUGUCUCUGCCCUUCCUGCUUGUGUACCCAAAAGGUUACCAAUUCCAACCACCAAACAAACUCCGGUAACUACCACAGCACCUUGUGAAGUCUCAAAGAGCCCGUCCAGCACCGAGGCCCAACCCUGCUCCACCCGGCGCUUGGUGAAGCAAUGCCUCAUCGCCAUUUCCUCCUUGGCUGCGUUGGCCACUUUCUUCAUGGUUACUACCAUCAUCCUCUGCACCAGGCUGUCAUCAAGGAAAUACAAAGUGAAGAAGCCUCAGCCGGCCACAGAGAUGAUUUGCAUCUCGUCCCUGCUGCCUGAAAGGGAUUACACGUACUCGAGGCAACGCAAUGCAGUCACUAACGGAGUCCUGGUGAUGCACGGUGCGGAGGACAGCGAUGAGGAUGAAGGAGACAACCUCACUCUCAGUAGCUUCCUUCCAGAUAAUGACCGCUAUGUUUAGAGGGAAUUAUUAUCAUUAAAAUCAGACUUCAGAUUGGACUGAUGGUUAUGAUCUCUGGAAAGCGGAAACAGUUGCAUGAACUCAUGCUUCCGGUUGGAUGUUGGUGGUUUGGCUUGACUGCAUGCUCUAUCGCUACGAAGGAACAGACAUAGGAACCACACACAAAACCAAAAAAGUCACUGUUUCGUGUUAAUGCACCAUUAAGCAUAUCUGGCGUUUGUCCAGGCCAUCAAAUGUCUAGGCAAGAGUUUUUUGCAUAUUUUUAUACCUGCCCACAAGAGACUUUAAGUCAAUUCAGGAUGAAGACACUGAUCAAAGACUGUUUUUUUUUUUACAUCCUGAGCUGAGCCCUAACGGUAUUUCACUUAGCAACAGGAAGGCUUGUUUUGUCAAGGGAUUAGUCUUCACAGACACUGUUCAGUUUACAGAUGCUAUUCUGGUAAAAUGGUAAAUGGACUGUACUUAUAUAGCGCUUUAUCCAGUCUUUACGACCCCUCAAAGCGCUUUACAUACUACAUGUCAUUCACCCAUUCACACCCAUUCAUACAGAGCAGUACCACUCGGACCUAACAUUCACACACCGUUGGCCAUCGGGAGCAACUCAGGUUUAAGUAUCUUGCCCAAGGAUACAUCGACAUGUUGGCUGCACGGGCUGGGAUCGAACUCACAACCUUCUGGUUGAAAGACGACCACACUCCCUCGCAGCCACAGUCGCCCUAUAGCACUAGGGCUUCACUGUAUGAUUGAUGGUAAACUGUAUGUGCCUUGUUUAUCCGGGUGUAGAGAUGCAGCUUGUAUAUUAUGAUAACUUAUUAAAAGAAUGCUUCAUUUAACAGUUUGGCAAUGCUUAACAUUGGCUUGGUAUCACCUAAUAGUACUAUUUUGGGACACAUGGAAACAAUUUUCUGACACUCUUUACUUUGUUAGUUUUGUGCUGAUAUCCAAAUGAAUUUCUUGAAAGUACUACUAAAUGUAAUGCCUAAAUAAGAGUCUUAGUUACACUAUAUUUUUAUUUAAUGGGAAUUUGUUAUUUGGUAAACAAACAGUUUUAAUUGGGGCUAACAACUUCUAAGGAAAUUAUUUGAAAAAGAUGAUACUUUAUUGACUAAGAAAAACUUGUGGGCUAAUAAUGUAUGAUGAUCUCCAGUGAAAACAACAGCUAUUUGAUCAAUGUUAAAGGUGUUUAAAGUCCGCAUUUGUCUCUAAAUGGUAAACAGUCACAAUAAAACUGUGUUCUUUGAAACAA